AUGGAUGUCCCAAGACCAGAUGGUAUUGCUGAUAAAUUGGGUUUAAUUGUAUUAGAUGAGCCAUGUGCUAAACAGUCAGACCCAACAGUCUUGGAUUUACAGCUUCGAGCUAUAUCAAAAGAAACUACUUUUAAAUCAGUUACAGUGAAAACUUUAGAAAAUGCUGAUAAGCGUCCUAAAGAAAUUGAUGCUUGGAUUAAUAGUAUCUCGAAUCUCCAUAGAUCAAAGCCCCCACCAACAGUUCAUUAUUCUAGGUUUGUUUUGUAAAGUGUUUAUUUUUUG